AUUCAAAAUAUUCGGAAUACUUUCUUAUGGAUUCUUCAGUUUUACUAGUGUAUGAGAACGAUGGAUUUCAAAUAGUGGACAUAGUCAGCAAGCGCUUGGCAGAAUAUGACACGAAAGUAUAUACUUCAAAAUUACAGCAGAUUAUUGAUUCGCCAGCGUAUUCUGCAACAGUGCUUAUAUUAACACCCCAAAUGUUAGCGGUUUUAAACUCUUUAGUUUCCACGGACCUUUUACAUGUUCAACACAACAAGAGCAAGUGUGCUUUGUUUGUUCAUGAAUAUAUUAACAUUAACAACGAAUCUGUUCAAGAAAUACUUCGUAAUAAACUUCCCUCCUUCCCAGAUUGGACAGUUUACCACUUCGCAAAGAAAGUUCGACCGCUCAUUCUUCAAAUAUUAGAAUUCUUAGGAAUAGAACAAGAGGAUGCGGACCCCGAACUGCAACUUGUAUCAAAUAUCAAGUUCUACCCAGACACCGAGUGGGAGGAGAACCAGGAUGUGUUCAUUUCUUUCAAUUCCAAAAUAGAAUCGGAGGAUAUUGUAAUAGUAGCAAUAAACAGUAAUAUGAUUAAAACCACGUGGGUCAAUCCUUAUACCUCAGCAUUCAGAGUUACUGACAUUUGUGGCUGUGGUAAGCGGACGGUGACGAUAUAUGUGAACGAGGUUCCUCUGGGUACAGCUCAUGUGGUCAUUAAAGACAGGGACCAAAUUCUUGCAGACGAAAUAAAUGACGUGUGUUCACCUCUGCAUUACCUGAAGGAGAUCCUGAAAAGGACACAAGGCAAGGAGGAGAAACUUCAUUCAGAUAUAACAGACUCUCUGAUACUGGAAGGAACGAGAAAGUUACUGAAAAGACUGCAGAAAAAGUUUUAUGAAUCAGACAAAGAGGAAAAACCAAACAAAGUCCUAAAUGACCAAACUCCCGAGGAACAUGCCAUUACUUCUGCUGAGACUGAGGACAUUGUCCGAUUGAGACCGAACAGACACUCCAUCAGGAAUAAAAGACUUCAAGCUAGUAAUAUUCAGGAUGACAGUGGACUCUGUAUCGAACAACUUGCACGUCAAACUCAGCGGAUAUCUCUUGUUCAGCAAGACUUGAGUUUGGAAGAAGAAUUUCCAUCCAUAAAACAUGAUGAUGAGCUGCUGCGAUCACUGCCACCAGACUUUUUUGAAUCUCUUCAAGAGUAGACUUAUGUGUUCUCUAUGAUGAAUAUUCUUCACUACCAAUAAUUUAUUCAGUUGGGUUUAAGUGCCCUAUAACAGGGUUUUUUGGAAUGUCUGUGGAUCGUUCUUAAUGUAUUAAUAGUAUUUAAUACAUAUUCCAAUUUGCAAUCAUA